CGGGGUUUCUGUCCAGGACUCUUGCAAAGGAGGAUUUGGGCCUCUCAGGCCCUCACUCAAGGGGAGUUUGAGGAUGUUGAUGUCAGCAAGUUGGUGCCUAGUACAUACUUCUGUGCACUUUCCUUUCAGUAGUUCAUUGUUCAGAGUGCUACACAUUAGAUUCAGAGUGCUACGCAUUAGAUAGCUAUCGUUUGGAAUCCAUAAGCUGCAGUCAAACUAAGUAACUGUAGUGGACUUUGAUUAUUGUCUAUCUUCGAUCGGCUAGUAGCUCUACUGAGCACAUUACUGAGUAAUUUGUGUCUUUGAUUUAGACCUACAUCUCCAUUCAGAUAUGUGCUUACAACGUGUUCUACUGCUGUGUCCAGUACAAGAGCGCCGAUGGACUAAAUCUACAGGCCAUUGCUCAGUAACAGCGGUCACUCGACUCACGUGACAGGGGCUCUUCAGCGACCAAAAGUUUGACAUUAUGGCUUCAUUCUCCAUUUCUCAACAGGACAUCAUAAUCAUGUCCUUCUCUGCCAACUUUUGCGUACUAAUCCAUUUUGUCCUGGCUAGGCUAGUGGACCAGAUAAUGACCACAGUGGUAUCCAAGUCAUCCUCCUAUAUCGGUGGCUUAGCAGAUGUGUACAGAUGUAAUCCCUAUCACUUGGCAAGAGUUUUGGCAGAACAAAUAACAUUGUGGAUUCUGGUGGUACUCAUAUUCACAGCCUUGACCUACACCACAGUCUCAUCACUUCCGUUCAGCUACCAACCCUCACCCUAUCCUAGCUUCCUCAUCAGCUUCAUCCUCGGCUCCAGUGCAGCUCGUUGUAUGGUGGCUGCGGCCAGACUGGUACUUGUCCGAGAGACUGUGGUAACCCAAGAUUCACCUACUCAAGUCACUGCAACGGCUGGCCAAUCCGGGAUUCGGAGGCUGGACAUCCUGUACUACAUUUUGGGCUCCGCUUCGAACAUUGUCUUUCUUGGCUACAAGCAGAACUUGCUGUUCGGCGUGACCGCCUCCUUGAUGGAGGUCAGCUCUACGCCCUUGGAGUGUUGUCGGCUGGUGAAGCUGUCCAGAAGGGAUUCUGAAUCCUACAAGAAAGCUACGCUUGUUUCUUGCAUCACGUGUUUCGCAUGCAGAGCACUGCUACCUUUGGUUCUUCUCUUGCUGGCUUUAAGACAGGAAUCGCCACUUAUCAUGGACAAUGUUCCCUUAGUCCUGACUUUCACCUUGGGAACAUUUUUCGUCUGCUACCAUUGCUUACUCGUCUACCAAAGUGUACGGCGCGUCUUCAAACCUCACUCCCGAGCAUCGCGGUCUACGUCGCCAUAUAACUACAUUCCGUUCUCUAUCCAGGACUACCCAGAGGUAAUGGCGCACGAGUUCAAAUCUUCUGAGCUACGUACCAACGACUGCCGACCCGGAACCGCGUUCCUCCUUGAUGGCUUGAAGACAGCAGGACCGGAUGUUGCCAAGGGAAAUAAUCAAGAAUUUCAGAAGUCAUACCACAGAGACGUCUGCUCCCUCCCUGACGUAAAAGAGAAAGACCUGGACACGUUGAACGUAGUACAGAAGAAUGAGAGUUCAAACUGUAUCCUGCUACACAAAAUAGACAAAGACAUCUAUCGCAAGCCCUCAUUAGAGAGCCUGGAGUACACGAACUUGACCCCAGUGAUCCAUUCAAGUCAGAUCGCUCUGCUAGAUAAUAUGGUUGAUAAUGUGAGCGAUGACACAUGACUCUAAAAUGUAUGUACUGUAAAGAGUUAAAUAUUUACUAAUCAACUUGUUUACCGUUAGGCCCGCAUCCAAAUCCCACACAGGCUACUAGAAGUCUUAAUACAGUUUUAAAACACUAAAACAGUUUAGAUGUAGAUUGUUUCUUGAAUGAAAAGUGAUACAGGGCAUUCAAGGAAAUGUGUUUAUUACAGUGACCAUAUAUUGCUUUCUAUGUUGAAAACAUAAAACUACCAAACUGAACUCUGAUAUUUCAACAAUGAUUUACUGACGUGUCUUUGGUAUAUAACAAACACUUUUAUAGCUAUAGAGAAAACAAAGUAUUGUUUAUUUAUAUUUUUAGGAGGCAUCAAAAUGUAUAUAAUUCGUCAUCAAUGUCUAUAAAAUAAAAACAAUACAUUUUAAAAAUCA